AUGUCGGUCCCUACAGAGAAAUUUAAAUACGGACUCGUGGUUCUUGGAUGCUGGAUUUCCUUUUCGAAGGCCAACCAUAUCAAUACUUUGGUCGACAGUAUUGCCUCUUUUGAUACUUUAGGAUAUGAAAAAGAGAAUAGUAAUUUUGGUCCAAAAAUUGCAGAAGAUUUCAGUAUUAUUUAUAUCACCCAGCCUCCGAUCACGGUUACUGAAACCAUCACAGAAACAGUUUAUUAUACCAGUGCUUAUUCCAGCAGUGUUUAUUCUAGUAUUAAUUAUUCUAGUAUUAAUUAUUUCAGUGAGACUUAUUCUAAUAGAGGGUACAUUAAAAACCACAGCAGUGCGACCUAUAUCAACACUGUGGUUGACUCUUAUACUAAUAACUCGAAAUACAGUGUUGAAGCUUCUUCCACUUCCAAGGUUUACAGCUCUGCUCCAUCCCCACCAUGUUUUAAUAACAAGGAAGCCUCCAAUAUUUCCACGUCUAAUAAGACAGUUUACAUUCCAACUAUUACCCAUUUUCCUAGUACACAACCAACUACGGAAGUGAAAGCUGUGUAUGCUGGUGAAUCAUUAAGUGGUGAAUCUGGUAAUUUUGAUCCAAACUAUCAAAUUUAUCAAGAAAGUAUCAUUACCAGUCCUAAUAAAACCUAUUUUGGAGACUAUGAUUCAUCAGAAUCUUUUCAAACUAAAGAGCACAAAAAAUUCACAUAUUACACCCCAACUCUCCCUGACCUUCAUUCUGAGCAUCUUCAACAACUCGUGUAUCCCAGUCCAACUCUUCCUGAGUCUGAAUCCUCAUAUGCUUAUAUCUCUUCAGUCUUUCCAGGUCAUUCUAGCUCAAGAGCAUACGAAGAUCAAUUAACUCAUUUAACUGAAACUCCACAUGAAUUUUUUUUUGAGUCGCAUCGUCCAGUUGUUCCAAUAGCUUACAGUACCAAGGGACCAGGAGAACACCACAACAAAAGUGUGGCUAGAUUACCUCCUUUAAGUGAAGCUGCCAGUUCUAGUAACAAAUCAAACGGCACAACUCCAAGAUUCCCAGUGAGAGGAAAAGAUAACCAAGCAGCAUUUGCUGAUGUUCCAGAGGCCGAGGAUAUGUAUUCUGAUGAGAAUGAUACAGACAAAACUGAUACUUCUGGGUAUACAAAUGAAGCUUACAAGUUAAAUGUCAUAGCCUCUUUAGCAGUUGCCUUAUUUUCGGUGAUCUUGUUUUCUUCUUAA